AUGAAUUAUCAACUAACACAAUCUUAGUAUGCUGUUCAACAAUACUCUACAGAGAUCAGAAAUCAGGAUAGGGAAUCAAGAAUCAACUCUCUGAGAGAUAGGCAAAGACAAAGAAAUCAACAGACAUAGGAGGCGGUCACUUACGAUUUUAGAUAAUUCGAUAAUCUAAUCAAAUAGUUUUAGGACAUUACUUUGGCUGAUGAAUUGAGGUUUGAAUUAUUAAAACCUGCUAUUCACUUUACAGAUGAUGAUGAUAAUUCGCAUUAUGCAAUCAAAAAGGUGGUGGAAGCAGAUGACGUUGUUUAUCUACUAAAGGAAACAGUUUAUAACGAAAACAUCUCUCUUGAAUACAGAUCUGAUACUUUAUUGUUGUUGGCUCAAAUGAUGUAUAGUAAUUAUGAACUCUGUUCUGAGCUAUUGAAAUAGGGAAUUUUGUAGUUGCUAAUAGAUUUGGUUAAGAUUUCCUUUUAUCAUGGAAACCUGAUUUUUCUUAGUCACUCAUUGUUGGGUUUAGCUAAUUCUAUUACUCAUGAAUCAAAGAUAAGAACCAUCUAUAUAGAAAAUUAAUUAGAUUAAUUGAUUUUGCAAAUACUCUAGAAGUAUGAUGAUGCGAACAUCAAAAAGAGUGUCGCUAGAAUUAUGAACGAUUGGUUUAGAAGUAAGCUGGAAUCUAUUGAUAUUGAUCUCUUUUCCUAAAUUAUGAAUUACGUCCUCAUAAUUCCUUCCUAAGACAACAGUGAGUAUAAGGAGAACUUGAUUUGGUUUGUGUAUGGCUUUAUCAGUCAAGUAUUGGAUUAAGUCAAAGACAUGAGCGAUCAAUUCAUCUAAUCAUUGAUGUCUCUACCUAAUUUGACCAGUUUCCUAAGACAAAAGCUAUGCGACAAGGAACAACUUGGAAUUGUGGCAGGAAUUCGAACAAUCACCAAAAUAUUUAGAAAGGUAACUGAUCAAAGUGUGUUGUAUGAUAUAUUCUAUGAUGAUCUUCGUAUUCUGUUUAGAAAUGGAUAGUUAUAUGAAGUGAACUUAGCCAAAAUAGAAAUAUUGAAACUCAUGUAGGUCAUGCACUAACAUCCUAAAUGCUCAAUAUUUGCUUAGGAGUUUAAUUCAACACAACAUUACUAUUUCUACAAUUUAAAAUGCUAAGAAUUUACACUAUUGGGUUUGGAGGUAUGCAACAUAGAAAAUUUUGAUCCUCAACAAUUGUCUAUUCUACUCAACCUUUGUAAAAAUAUAUUGAUGACUGAUAUGAUUGAUUCUACCAAGUUGUCAGCUGCACUCACAAUUAUACAAAAAAUACUUGAUUUCGAUAAUAGCUACUAUCUAAAAAUAUAAGAUUGUAUUAUUAUUAUUGAAAAAUUGCAAGACAAUAAAAAUACUUAAAUAAUGACAUCUGCAUCUAAUUUAAUUGAAAAUUAUAAAAUGCUUUUUAAAUAAUGA